CACCGCACCAGCCUCGCUUUGACCAAUACAGGAAGUGAGAGACGCGAUCGUCCAUUUUGGGGUUAGGGCAAGCCGAUUACAAUCCGCCAGACAUCGGAGCCAUCGGCGACACUUCAAGCUCGAUUCUCAGCUCGUGCCGGUCUGCAGGCUUUGCUGCGGCUUCUCUCCGUAAUCUAUGACGAAGAAGAUGGUGAUCAAGGUCUAUAUAACUGGCGUUUCCGCCUCAACUCAGUUAAGGAAGCACCAGCAGGAUGUGCUCGACAUCAUAGGAGGGAUGAAAAUCGAACAUGAGAUGAUCGACGUGUCUAUCGAUGACGACGCCAGACAGUUCAUGUGGACAAACAGCAAACAGCCUGAGAAGGGAAAACCUCUCCCUCCCCAGAUCUUCAAUGGAGAAGAGUACUGUGGGGGUUGGGAAGAGUUUGAGGUGGCCAAGGAGAACGAACAGGUCUACGACUUCCUGAAACUAGACAAACCUGCAGGAGAGAAGAUCAAGUUUAGAGGAGAGGGGGAGGAGGAAGAAGAGGAAGAAAAGAAAGAUGAAGAAGAAGAAGAAAAGGCACCAGAGAAUGAGGCCCCAGCUGCAGAGGAGGAAGAGACAAAGGAGGAAGAGACAAAGGAGGAAGAGGAACCAACAGAAGAGGAACCAACGGAAGAGGAAUAGACCUGUUAGCUAUGCGUUACUUCAGGCCUCGUCCACACAAACGCUGCCAUCCCAUAAGGUCCAACCCAGCUGUCCUCACAAAGCAGUAACAAUACUCACAUUGCAAAGUGUCUAGGAAAGGGGGUUUGCAAUAGUUUGUCUUGCCAACGCAACGGAGGCACCCAUUCUGUUAAUGGCAUUAGUAUAUACGUGUUGUUCACAAAUUUCACACAUAGAACUUACAGUUACACAAGUCCUAUGUGUGAAGGUUGUAAACAACACAUGUGAAUUUGUGAACAACACAUGUUGUUUGAAACUGUACUGCCCUGAUGAAGGUGUUACCUGUGUAGGAUGGCAGCGUGUUGGGAUAAGGGAUUGAUGUAGAGGGGCCUUCUUGCCAAACACCUUGGAGUACCACAUCUCAGCAAGAUGUGGCUAUUUGUCUAAUCAAAAGUUGGAUAAUCAUGUAAGGCAGUCAAGUAGCGGUAAAUAUAGGGGCCUUCUUUAGGAUUGUUGCUAGUCUGUACACUUUUAAUUUGCUGAAUGCGCACUUCAACAAGUUUUAUUUUAGUUUCUCUGUUCGUUCGUUGAAGAGAAUUCUGAAGAAAUUUUAUAUCUGUGUUAUAUGAUCAGCUUCAAAUGACAUCUUAUAGAAUCUAUUGGGAAACAAAAGUGAGGAGACCAUAGAUACUUUUACAGAAAUUAUUUGGUUUGGGAAAUUUUUUUACUCAGUGAAAGUAACACUGCGGUCAAGGUCAUUCUUUGUUCCUCUUGCUACACUUGGAAUGAAGCCACCAAAUAGAAAAGAUUUUUGUUUCAGGAAUUCUUUCGUGAACCUCCUAAAUUUGUCAUUUUAGAUAUCUUUGUGUCACAAUUCCUUGAUUGCUUUCUGUUUGACCACUGGAACUGUGGAUACACCUUUGCUAUGAGUAAUGUUAGAAAGGGCAACAUGACAAUAAAUAAAAAAGUGGCAAUAACACCGGACCAAGUUCUCCCACAAGAUGAUCCUACAGAAACUGAUAUGUAAGCAGCUUUUUUUAAAAAUCUGUGAAUCUAUAUACUGUAUGUGCCAAUUGACCUUAAAAGGACAAAGCUGUUAGAAAAUGCGCCAGUCUUUUUUCAUUGGGUAGUCUAUUUGCUGAUACAUGUAACUGCUGUAUACACCAUGUAUGGAUACAUGCUCUGCUGUACGUUACUCAAGGUCCAACAGUCAUGAUUAUAUAAUAAUCAUUUAUUGGUGCUCGCAAAGCCCUGCACAACACAGCAGGUUUUGCUAGUAGUCUGUUCUAUAAUACAGAGAGUAGGCAGCAAAAUGAACUGUUUACAAAUCCUUGUAUUUCCUGAUGUAUUACUCAAAGUUUGUAUAGUAAAAACUUCCUUUUUAAUUUUAAUGAUAGACGUGAUGGUUUAAGGGAAAUUUCCAGCCAAAUGUAUCCUUUUGUAAUUUUCAAGAACCUUGAAAAUAAGUUAGAACCAAAGUUUUGCGGCUGUCAAACUUAAUAGUUUUGAUUUUUCCAACUCAGACCAGAUUUAGGAAUGAAAAAUACUGUUACUGAAGUCCCCCUGUAAACUAUGUAAAAUGUAGAGGUUUGAAGUGCAGAAAGUUGCUGUGUUAAAAAGUUCAUGUAGCAGAGAUGAGUGUUUGUAGCAGAUGUCAGUCGAGCCAAGCGAUUUUGUAUGUAAAGUGUAGCACUAUCAUACUUCUCUGCAAUGCCUGCCAAUCGAAUACAUAUAUUGAGGCAAUAUAUACAACAAAUGUUGGUAGUUAUUUUUCAGGCUGGCCAUAUACUAUUAGCCUAGUCGUGUGGCCGUGAAAAAAGGGUUGUGAAAACAUCUCAGUUUGAUUUAUGUGCAGGAAAAUUAUAUUCAUUAUUAAUAAUAAAAAAGUUUAAAAAUCUAUAA